AAUGAUGGGGGAGUGAGGUCUGUCCUGGUAACAGGGUAUAAAAGACAGGACGAAAGAGUACACAAGAAGUCAAGACGCCACAACACCACCACCAAACAAUAUGUCUCAGCCAGAGGUUAAGAAGAAGAAGCGGCCAGUUGUUAAAGAGGAGGACCUGAAAGGAGCCCGCGGAAAAUUGGGGCUAAAAGGAGAGGUCAAGAGCAAAACAUAUGAAGUCAUGGUUGAGUGUGAGCGCAUGGGGAAAGUUGCUCCGUCUGUAUUCAGUGGAGUACGGUCCGGGGCUGAGACGGCAAUAGAAAAACCCAAACCUCCCUCAGGAAGCGUCUUUGGCAAAUAAGAACUUAAAUGCAAAAUUGACAACUGGACUCUCUUUUUUAUUUUGCUGUCAGGGUUUUAGAUAUAUAUCUGUGUUAGCCUAGAGAGGACGUUUUUAGCAUUCAUAUCAUUUUUAGCAACUUGAAUAAUAUGAAUAUAGUUAAGAUACAUUUGUGAAAUUGAAUAUUUGUAUUUUUAUACUGCUUACUCCUAUACCUCAUGUACUUAAAAAACCCUUUGAACCCCUGUAUGCUAGUUCCUUGUGUCAUGUAUGGGUUUUGUAUAUUAAACAUUUGCUAAAAUUA